GUUCAAGAUGUGCAGCGGUUGCCCUAGGUCGUGCGAAGACGCUUGAAAUCCCAGUGCCCCAGCAGAAAGUGCAAUCAGAAACGUGUCACCAGCGAAACGUUUAUUAUUUUCGUACCAUCGCAUCGAUCCGAACGGUUUGCCAGUUCCAGUUCCGGGCAAAACAUGGCGUACAUUUUGCGAGUGGUGAUAGUGUGUGUGUUGGUCGGUUUGAUCGAAUCGAAUCCGGCCGUCGAUAGUGGCAGUGUUGUCAACCAUGCGGAAUCGGAACACGGGACCCUCAGUAAGGCGGCGCUAGAGGAUAGCUUCAUCAGCAGACUUGGUGGGAAGUGUACGCAGAAGGACAACAGUUCGUGCGUGAUGCUGAAGCUGGUCACCUACAUGAACCGGAUGUUGAAAAAGUCCAGCAUUAGCCUGGGGGAUAGCUUCGAGCUGAUGAAAACACGAUCGGACGAGCAACUUUCCGACUCGGACGCGGACGAGAUGUCAGUGUUGGCGCGUUCAACCACUUCCGACGACCAUAAGCUGAGCGUGAUGGUGGCGGACAAGAUCUGGCGCUUCAUCCACAGCCGUAGCCUCCGGUGGCGGGCAACCCGAGCCACCGAUGUGGUCGUCGCGUCCGGUGAGGGCGGCAAGCUGAAUCUGGGCGUUUCACUCGACACACGCCGUCUGUUCGAGGAGGGCCGCGGACGCCUAAAGCAGUACGCACCGAUACUGGCCGCCGUCGUCAUGAAGGCAGUCCUUUUGGGUGCUCUGGUCCUGAAGGGUAUCGCCCUACUCGUCGGAAAGGCGUUACUCGUCUCCAAACUGGCCCUGGUGCUGGCGAGCAUACUGGGCAUCAAGAAACUGCUGCACAAGAAGUACGUCACCUACGAGGUGGUUGCCCAUGCACCGGAACCUCAUCACCACGUGGAUACGUACAGUUCCGGGUGGGCCCGAGCCCUGGACGGGUUUGUGGAAUCGUUCUCGAGCGAACUUAACCGACGGUUGACGGUUGAUUCGCAUGACCUUGCCUACCAGCGACAGGCGCCCACUCACUAGGGAAGGCUCCCGGACUGGACGUCCUUCCCACCGUGUCCUAAUGUACCUUUCAAACAAAG